AAGAAGAAGAAGAAGAAGAAGAAGAAGAAGAAGCAGAAGAAGAAGCACCAUAAUGAAUAUAAUAACAACAAUAACAACAACAAUAAUAAUAAUAACAACAACAAUAACAACAACAACAACAAUACGAGUAGACAACAAGAGAGGAUUUCGUUUAUGUAACACCCCACAGCACGCCGAACUGAACAGCGUGGACGUGCGGGAGUGUAGGCGCUGGCCGUGUCUCGCUAGGGCAGGGCGUCGCGGAUCCUACAAAGUCACAUUUACGCCCUAUACAGACUCACCAAUCGGGCGUGUGAGUAGCGACAUCUACGCGUGGGUCGAGCUUCCCUAUGGCGGCCAAACACCUAUCAGAGUGUCCGUGCCAGGGGAAACCAACCAGCCUGUCUGCCCACACCUCUCCCCGCCCUGUCCCCUGCCGCCAGCCACCCCUGCCACGCUCAACAAGGCUCUCACCAUCCCACUGCAGGCUAGAAUGGCGGUUGGCAACAGGGUAGUGGUGGAGUUUAGAGUGACAGACGGGCAGGGGCGUGUCAUGGUCUGCUUCCACGCCCCUGUCAUUGUGGCCUGAGGGCGUGGCAGGGCGGCCCUCUCUCUCUCUCCACACUCACCACCACAAACCACGUUGCAAGGGAGGAUCAGCAGCUAAGAUGGAUAUCCUCCCCCUCUGACGUCUGGAUGCACACUGGCGUCUCAUAAUACCACGUGGGUUGCUCUGUUGCACUGCGCAGACUGAAAUUCAUAAAUGCGUUAAUUUUUUUCUACUUUUUCUAAUCUUUUGUUUGUAAGUUUUUUUUUUGUGUUAAAUUUGUGUGUUUUAAAUUAUUGGUGUUUUUUUUUCUGUGUUUUUCUUGAUUGUGUUUCUUGUU